UGACAAUGACACUCGUGGCUUGAUCGAUCGAUCACGCUGUCUGGAAUAUGUUCUGCAGCGUCUUUGCCUUUACCGCAGACGACACGUCAUCCAGCGCCCUCACUUCUGCCUCGCUGAGACGCCAACCAAGUGCCCCUAGAUUCUCCUCUGCCUGCAAACAACAUACAACACACGCAUGACCCCAUUCCUAAGUCUGUACGCGUGGAGACAUUGGACGUCGAUCUAUAGAGUACACCUGUUUUGCUGUCUUGACACCCACGAGCGGCACCGCGCCUUUCGCAAGACACCAAUUCAACGCCACCUGCACUCACACACACAGGGACGCACACGGCAAUAAACGCACACAGACGUGUGAUUGAUGGAUUGCUUGACGAAUUGAUGCGUGUCUCCCUCCCUCCCUCCCUCCCCACCUGCCCGACUGUUUUGCUCCUCUCGUUGGCCACUUCCCUCAGCGUCUGUAUCAGGGGGCCCACCUUGGGCAGCAGCUGACGAAACAACACUCCACGGGCACCCCUGAACAAUACCAAACAGCCAAACGACCAACCAACACGACACAAGGGAGGACAUCGUCCACGUCUGUCUCUGUAGUCUUCAGCGUGUUGUUUUGCUCACUUGGGCAUGUUGUCAGCGUCGUAUUUGCCCGAUAGCAGCCCGAGACAGAGCGGGGAGUAGCCGAUGAGCACCACGCCGUUCUCACGGCAGGUGUCCAGCAGGCCGCUCUCCAGUGGGACACGACUCAGCAAAGACAACUGCACCUGCACGUAUACAGCCAGCCAGCCAGCCAGCCAGACAGACAGGAGGGAGGCAGGGAGGCGCAAGCGUGAGCGCGAUACUGUGCGGCGAGGUUACUGUGUGGUGGGACUGCGCCCACUUGGUUCGAUGCGAGAGUCAGUCCUCUUGCCUUGAGCUGCCGCACCACUCCUUGGAGCUUCACCGGCCCAUAGUUGCUCACACCAAUCGCCCGCGCCUGCCAGGCACGGAAGUUCAAUCACAUGGACGCUCAGAUGCACUCUGUCUGUGUGUCGGAACGUACCAUGCCCCUGUCGACGCAGUCUGCGAGGCCAUCGAUGUAGGCGUCCUCCUGCCAGCCUAGCGGGGGAGACCAGUGCAGCUGGGCAACAUCCAGACACGGCUGAUGAUACCAACACAAAACACAUUGCAUGUCCGUAAAAUACCAUCCGUGCUCCCACCGGCGGCCUCACCCACUCACCCGCUGGAGCCUCUCGAGGGUCUCUCUGCACGCCUGCACGAUGGAGCCACGGCCAACGCGCCAGGGGUAGGGGGCGAACUUCGUCGCCACACGAAUGUCAUCUCUCGGACCCCCCUUGUAAGACCUGACCACACACCACACUCACACAGACCACAGGAAGCACACGUGAGAUGCAUCCAGCACGUGUAAUUGUGCGAGUGUGGCCGCUGGCAGUACUGGAUAAACUUCCCCAAGAGGAUCUCGCUUCGCCCAGCCAGCUCUCCCGUGCCGUAGCUAUCGGCAGAAUCGAACCAGUUCAGGCCAUGUUCCACGCAGUAGUUGAACGCCGCUUGGAGCUCAGCAUCUCUCGCCGGGUCGUAAUCCCACAGAAACUUGUUGCCCCAUGCCCACGUGCCAAUGCCCAUCGGAGCGACAGACAGGCCUCCCAAAGUGACGUAGUCGCCCUGUGGAAUCCUCUCAGGACCAAGACCGGCAGCAUCAGCAGGAGGUGGCCUUCCAACCGCCUGUGCAGAUGGCACAGCGGCCGUGCACGCGGCGACCAAAGCCGCUGAUGGAAGCAGCAGUGACUCGCCGAUGUGGUCACGCCUCGACGGUGAAAGGGACAAUGGACCGUUGUGGUCAGAUGGCGUUGCGGCUGCCGCAGUCAGGUGUCGUCGUCUCUUCGUGUGCAGACCAUUGAUGCAGGGGUGGCGUUGAGUUAUGAAUUGAAGGCGACCUGAAACAUCACACGCACAGCAAAGUAGAAGUGCGGAUGAGUGUGGGAAACGGCACCAUUCAUCCAUCCCAAUGCUCACCUGAGCAGAUGCUGCGGAGAGGCGUCGACGCAGGUGGAGGGAAGAUCCUCGCCUCUGGAGCAGGUGCAGCGUCACUCCCAGGACAGACGAAGGCCAGCAGCCACUCACACACAACGCCGAUGAGUGCAGGCAUCAUUCAUGAGCAGUAAUGAGCAGGAAGAGAUCACUACAGUGGCACGCCCAGUAGUCAUGCAGCAGAUCUACGGG